AUGGCGAGCCUUUCACCCAGCGGUUCGCGAAUCCCUGGUGCCGACCAAGACGACGUUUUACGAAUCGACUUUGCAUCGCCAGAGCACACCAUGGCCGCGACUACCGCCAAAGCAGAGCUAUCUGACGGCUCGACCCCGGACUUCCACGAUGCAGCCCAAAACCACCAGAAGCUAGUUGAUGAAUCUGGCUUGCAAGAACAUCCCGAUGCCUCCCCAGAUAACGAAGAUGCCACCGGCGCCCUGGUAAACGGCACGGCCGGUAACCAGCGUGGCCCCAGCGGCGACGACCAGCCACAUAUCCAACGACCCCUCGGCCCGACAAGAACACCAUCCAGCACAUACAACCCGUCGACAUCUCGAAGGCCACGACCGCCCCAGACAGAAUCAACCUUCGAUGGAACUGUCCGAUCGUCCUCUGCAACGCGCCCGUGGCCGAGUGAUAGUAGAUUUCGCGCCCAGGAACGGGCCUACGUGCAAAAAUUACGACAAGAAUACGAUGGCGAGUAUUUCAAUCAAUACGACAAUAUCGGCAACGACUCAGACUCGGAUGGCGAGACGCCGUCGUCUGAAAGCCCCUUUGAUGAUCGUCUCGAACAAGACACUAUCAUGUUCUACGGAAAUGAUAACGUGCUACCAACCGAAGACGAAUUGAAGGACCCCGAGAGUCGAGAAAGGCUCGAGUGGCAUGGUAUGCUCGAAGCUGUCCUGACGGGCGAUGUCGUGCGGCAAGAGAAGAAGAGGCUGAUUGGCUCGUCCGAUCAGGCUGUCGGAAAGACUGGUCACAAAUCAGAACUCUGGAUCGGUGUCCGCAGCAAGGUGUGCGGCCGACAUCUUCCAGUGCAGAAGCGCGUCGUGGAGGAGGCGCGCGCCACUCUCGAUCGAACACUGGACGACAUUAUCAACUUCAAAGUCAAGGGCGAGAGCGAGGCAGGCAAAAAUCCCUACGAGCAGGUCUGCGACAUUGUCACCUCGAUCGAAAAGUGUGAAAGCCUGUAUCCUUCCUGGGUUGCCCUCAUUGCUGAGCAUCCAACGGCGGCCUCGCCACACUUCAGUGAGGCCUACGGCGCAAUCUUGUCUUGGUAUAAUACCAAUGAAAUGAUCAACACUGAGCUGUCUAUUCUCAAGAAGUGGGUUGGCAACGAUGAGCUCGACUUCUCCCGCACCAAACAGCGGUCGCCAGCCGUGGACGGCAUUGCACCCGACGAAGCUUCAUUCCUGGACAGACUCAUGAAAGAAGACGGACUGCAAUCCUUGUUUGACGACACGAUCCCGGAAAAGCCCAAAGGCAUGCUGCCGCCCAUCGGAAUGGUCAUCUCAAAGGCCAAGGAGACCUUCAUCUGCAACUCUGAACCCUUUCAGAAACGACACCUGCCACCCUACUUGGAUGAGCUCUUGACACUCAUCAGCUUUCCAUCUAGACUCAUCGAAGAGAUUACGCGAAUGCGUCUUGCUUACGCUAGGAGAGUUAAGGAGACCGCCCAGCAGAAUCCCUUGAUGCAGGAUCAGAUGAUUUCACAGUUCCAGCUGCUGCUCAAGGCAGCCAUUCGAAUCAAAGGAGAUUACCUUACAAUAGAAAAGCCCGAGCCAGGUUGGGAUCUCCCUCCAUGCAUCGACGAAUCCUUUGACCACGUGGUGCUGGAGGCGUUGAAGUACUACUUCAAGAUGCUCAACUGGAAGCUCACCGGCAACAGGAACACGUUCAAGGAAGCUGAACUGUUGUUCCAGGAGUGGGAGUUUGCAAACGAUAUUGGCAGGCAGCUGCAGCGUGGCCAUAUCGAGGUUGCCGAGCAGUUUAGCUCGCUGACCCUGAAGGCCAUCAGCCGUCUCAGCCAGACAUUUGAGAGAGAGUUGCAAGCCAAAUCAGGUGAAUCGGCCGCCGAGAUGACGAAGCGAUACAAGGCUUGCCUGGACUCGGUCCGUGUGCGCCAGCGAAUGCUGCAGCGUUUCUCGCGCAUGCUCAGCGACAACUACGAGCACGCGUCAGACUAUAGCAUCUCGUACGCGCCUGAAAACAUGUCCAAGUUCUUUGACCAACUGGCGGCUACGGGCCACUUCCGUUUGCAGACUGGCGUGUUUGAGAAGGAUGGGAUCUACAUCAUAGCAUCCCCAGACUUGCACGAAAGGCUUGAUGACAUCCAGGCGAUGAUGGCGGUUACCAAGAAGGACACCUUUGAGGAGAAGUCGAGCGCCGGGUAUAUACUAGUGGUGCGGCCGGAGGAGCCUCUGAGUUGGUUUGGCGAGGUCAUCAACGUGUCGCUCAGGAGCCAAGUUAUUGACUUGAAGCGUGGGCAGCUUCGUCUCUGCGCCACCAGCUCGCAAGCCCUUCCCAAUGCCAGAAAGGAAUUCCUGGAUGCGGUUGACAUGCAUGUUGAUCUUUUACAAGAAGCGAGAUCGAACAUUCACAAGGUUAACCAAAAAUUGACGGACAUUCGGAAGGUCACAUACAAGCUUUCCAACACGUUCAUGGACAGCGUCGAAACGAUUCGGAGACAGGCGCAAGGAACGGGAACAGACUGCAAUGAGCUCAUUCAGACCUGCUUUGUGUUUGCGACAGACUUUGGUCAGCGAUCGUUGCUCUACAUGGACAGCAACAGACGGCAGAUGAAUAAUCUGAAGCUCACCAAGCUUGCCCUUGACUGGGUCAGCUUCAUCUGCGACGACUGCGUUGCCUCGGACAGAAGGACGUUUCGCUGGGCAGUGCUUGCGCUGGAACUGGCCAUGGGCAUGACUCGUGGACGACACAUGCUCGCGCUUGGCGAAAAGGAGUACUCGACGCUGCGAAUCAAGGUGGCUGGGUGCAUGUCGGUAUUGAUCUCCCACUUUGACAUCAUGGGCGCGCGAUCCAACUUGGCGGCGCAGGCGGAGAGAGAAAGAGUCGAGGCGAUGAUGGGCCAGUUCAAGAAGCUGGACAGCAAGAAGAUGCUUGACGACGAGGAAGCGGCGAGAUGCAUAGCGCUGCAGCGGAUCGAGCUGCUCGACAAGGUUGACGAGGCUCGGCUGGAGAAGGAAGCCGAGCGGCGAUCGCUAGGCCGUGUCCUGGAGGCGAAUAACGAAGCCGACCGGUCGCUGGCCUACCUGUCGUCGUCGUCGAUGAACAUGACGAUGCGCUGGCAGCAGGGUCACUUUGUUGGGGGUGGUACUUUUGGCAACGUCUAUGCCGCCAUGAACCUCGAGUCGGGCCAGCUGAUGGCUGUCAAGGAGAUUCGACUGCAGGAUCCCAAGCAGAUCCCGACGAUUGCGGAGCAAAUUCGGGACGAAAUGGGCGUGCUGGAGGUGUUGGACCAUCCCAACGUCGUGGCGUACCACGGCAUCGAGGUGCAUCGCGACCGUGUCUACAUCUUCAUGGAGUACUGCUCUGGCGGGUCCCUUGCCAACCUGCUUGAGCAUGGACGAAUCGAGGACGAGCAGGUCAUCACUGUGUAUGCGUUGCAGUUGCUCGAGGGCCUCGUGUAUCUGCAUGAAAGCUGCAUCACCCAUCGUGAUAUUAAGCCAGAGAAUAUCUUGCUUGAUCAUAAUGGCAUCAUCAAGUAUGUUGACUUUGGUGCUGCCAAGGUGAUUGCCAGACAAGGCCGAACGCUGGCGCAGGACCUGCACGCGACGAAGCCGAACAAGUCGAUGACGGGCACGCCCAUGUACAUGUCGCCGGAGGUGAUCAAGGGAGAGCUCUCGGAGAACUCCGGCAAGGCCGGGGCGGUGGACAUCUGGUCUCUGGGGUGUGUCAUUCUGGAGAUGACGACGGGCCGGCGACCGUGGUCCAAUUUGGACAACGAGUGGUCCAUCAUGUACAACAUUGGACAGGGCAACGCGCCGGCGCUCCCGACGACGGAGUUUCUGAGUCCGCAGGGCCUCGACUUUUUGAAGAAGUGCUUCAUCCGCGACCCGAGCAAGCGGUGGACGGCUGUCGAGCUGCUCCAGCAUGAGUGGAUCAUGGCCAUCCGCAGCCAGGUGGUGGAGUCGCCGACGCCGAGCGAGAUGAGCUCGUCGGCCGCGACGACGCCGUACUCGAUGUAUCAGUGA